GCAUAGAAAACACUUGUUACUAAAGAUUUCACCGCAGGAUUGGAGAAAAAACAUGGUUUCAUUAGGCAUCUUCAGUCUAAUUUCUACCUUGUUCCUUGUGUUGGCUGCAGUUCAUACCACAGCUUCUUCUUCAAAACUGUCUCCAAAUUAUUACGACCAUGUUUGUCCCAAAGCCUUACCAGCUAUCAAACGAGUUGUGGAGGCGGCAAUUAACAAAGAAAGACGCAUGGGUGCUUCUUUAUUACGUCUCCACUUCCAUGAUUGUUUUGUCCAUGGUUGUGAUGCGUCAAUUCUUUUGGACUCAACAUCCGCUUUUGAUAGUGAAAAGAAAGCUGGUCCUAACAAAAACUCAACUAGAGGAUUUGAAGUUAUUGACCAAAUCAAGUUGGAGGUGGACAAAGUCUGUGGACGUCCAGUGGUCUCUUGUGCAGACAUUGUAGCUGUUGCAGCUCGUGAUUCCGUGGUUGUGCUAGGAGGGCCGACAUGGGCAGUGCAGCUAGGGAGGAGAGACUCGACCACAGCUCGCAAAACCACAGCGGACAAAGACAUCCCAACACCGUUUAUGAACCUUACUGACCUAAUCAGCAACUUCAAAAAGCAUGGUUUAGAUGAGAGAGAUCUUGUAGCUCUCUCUGGUGCCCACACUAUAGGGUCUGCACAGUGUUUUGCCUUCAGAGACAGAAUCUACAAUGAAACUAACAUUGACCCUAAAUUUGCUCGAAAACGCAGAUUAACCUGUCCACGCACUGGAGGUAACUCAAACCUUGCCGCUCUAGACCCAACACAUGCAAACUUUGAUGUUAAAUACUUCAAUAAAUUAUUGAAGAAAAGAGGGUUACUUCACUCUGAUCAAGAACUCUUCAAUGGAGGCUCCACUGAUAGCUUGGUAGAGGCUUAUAGCUCAGAUGCCAAGGCUUUUUAUGCUGACUUCGCAAAGUCUAUGAUGAAGAUGGGGAAUAUAAACCCACUGACUGGAAAGCGAGGACAAGUUCGUUUGAAUUGUAGGAAGGUGAACUAAAAUGUUCCUACUUUGGAUUUCAAAAUAGAAA